AUGUCUUGCUCGUCACUUCUAAAAACAUCAGACGGCGCCCAAGCGUCCUGCUCUCGGCAUAAUCCAGGGCCUGCCCCCCAGGUGUCCCCCCAGACGUCCCCCCAGGCGGCUCCAAAGACGUCCCCCCAGGUGGCUCCCCAGACUUCCACCCAGGUGUCGCCACAGGUCACCCCACAAGUUGCCCCUCAAGUUUCCCCUCGACCAGACACAAGCGCUGCUCCACCGCCCCCUAUACGGACCACGGCCUCUGUUUCAACUACGGGGGCUCGCCAACCACCACCAGUGCCUGCUAGGGCCAGCGCCAUUACAACUAUCACCGAAGAGACCGCUCCGCGCAAGUCUUCGAAGCGCCGCGGUCGCCGAGGCUCGUCGCCCGCACCGCAGCCACGGUGA